AUGCAGUUCUCCACCAUCGUCUCCUUGACCGUUGUCGCCUCGAUGACCAUCCUCUCUGCCAUGGCCGCUCCCGCCGCCCCCGUCUGCAACAAGGCCUGCGCCAAGAUCUACAAGCCCGUCUGUGCCAAGCUCCUCUCCGGUGAGAACAAGACCUUCCCCAACGCCUGCGAGAUGAACGUAUUCAACUGCGAGAACCCCGCCAACAAGCUCGCCCUUGUUGCCGAGACCGCCUGCGAGGAUAUUGCCCCAAAGUGCAACAAGGCCUGCACCAAGAUCUAUGCCCCAGUUUGCGCCAAGCUUCUCUCUGGCGAGUCCAAGACCUUUGGCAGCAAGUGCACUCUCGAAGUCUACAACUGCGAGAACCCCACUGCCAAGGCCGAGUCUGUUGUCAACGGCGAGUGCCCCACUACCCCUGCUCCCGUCUGCAACAAGGCCUGCCCUUACAUCUACAAGCCCGUUUGUGCCAAGCUCCAGUCCGGCGAGUCCAAGACUUUCGGUAACUCUUGCGAGAUGAGCGUCUUCAACUGCGAGAACUCCGCUUCUCUUGCCACCCUUGUCGCCGAGUCCGCCUGCGAGGAUGUCAAGCCCGCCCCCGUCUGCGACAAGGGCUGCACCCGCGAAUACAAACCCGUCUGCGCCAAGCUCCAGUCCGGUGAGUCCAAGACCUUCUCCAACGCCUGCACCUUGAGAGUCUUCAACUGCGAGAACCCCACUGCCUUUGCCGAGGUUGUUUCCAACGGCGAGUGCCCUGCCACCCCUGCUCCCACCUGCAAGAAGGCCUGCAACAAGAUGUAUGCCCCCGUCUGCGCCAAGCUCCAGUCUGGUGAAAACCAAACUUUUGCUAACAAGUGCAUCUUGGAGGUCUUCAACUGCGAGAACCCCGCUGCCUUGGCCACAGUUGUUUCCGAGACUGCCUGCAAGAACUAA